AUGCGUUUCGGAAAGCAGCUACGGAACUCGAUAUAUAAGCCAUGGGAGGGGCAUUACAUCGCGUACGCCAAACUGAAGAACAUAUUACGGGAGGACGAGGAUGACGAAACCUGGACGGAAGACGACGAGAAUCGGUUCUGCGACGAGCUGCUGAACGUGCAGCUAGAAGAAAUCGCCGCCUUCCGAGCCUCCGUCUUCAAAUCUCUCGAGGACCGCACAAAUAAAGUGAGCGAGGACCUGCGGGAUCUUGCGCCCGAAGAUGGGACGGCGAAGGAGAAGGUCCCGGCGGCUAGGUUUAAAGAGGUGGAGGAGGAGCUGGAUGCUAUUACUAACGAGGUGAAUGAGCUGAAGAAGUAUGGGAACAUCAAUUAUACGGGGUUUUUGAAGAUUGCGAAGAAACAUGAUCGCAGGCGCGGGAAGCAAUAUAAGAUCCGUCCGAUGGUCCAGAUGCGGCUUUCGAGAAGGCCGUUUAACUCGGAACAGAGUUAUACACCGUUGUUGAAUAAGUUGUCGCUGCUGUAUUAUGUUGUGAGACAGCAGCUGGACGAGUCUACUGACCUGGCGGCCAUCGAACCUUCCGAUGCCCUGUCCCAGACUCAUAAUGGGGAGAGAUAUGUGGCUCAUAAAUUUUGGGUGCCUAUGGACAACCUUCUCGAAGUUCGAACACUCAUUCUCCGUCGCCUCCCCAUCCUCGUCUACAGCGAGCAGUCCUCCAAAGGCCUAGAGUCCCAAGAUGACCCAACAUUGAGCUCCCUCUAUUUCGACAAUGCGGACUUCUUCUUGUACAACCAAAAGCUCGAUCGACCUGACAAUUCUUCGUCUGUCCGGAUCCGGUGGACGGGGGAAUUGAAGUCCAAUCCGGAACUAGCUCUUGAGCAGAAUGUCAUACAUAACGGAGCUAGUGAAGAACGACGAUUUCGCAUAAAACCGAAGUAUAUUCAAGCGUUCAUCAAGGGGGAAUAUAAGAUGGAGAAAACUAUACGGAAAAUGGAACGUCAGGGACAGCCCGCCGCCACCAUCGAGGAGUUCAAGCAUACUGUGGAGAGCAUACAAGAGUUUAUUAUGGAAAAAGACUUGCAGCCCGUCCUGCGAGCAAACUAUACCCGCACGGCUUUCCAGAAACCACAGGACGAUAAGGUUAGGAUAUCUGUGGAUUCGAACCUAGCGUUCAUCCGGGAAGAUUCCUUAGAUCUUAGUCGGCCAUGCCGAAACCCCGACGAUUGGCAUAGAUUAGAUGUCGAUUUUAUGGAUUAUCCAUUCUCCAGCAUCCGCCAGGGCGAAAUAUCGAGAUUCCCUUACGCCGUCUUGGAGAUUAAAGUCAGGGAAGAUGGUGUCAAGAAACACCCACAAUGGAUCGAAGAGUUGAUGUCUUCUCACCUAGUACACAAAGUCCCUCGGUUCUCGAAAUUCGUUUACGGAGUUGCUUCGUUGUUUGAAGACAAUGUGAAUAACCUGCCGUUUUGGCUGAGCGAAGUGGAAACGGACAUCCACAAAGACCCACACGAUGCUUUUGAAGAGGAGGAGGAAAGAAAAGCCAGGAAAGCCGAGGCUGAGCUUGUCGUUGGCAGCCUCUUGGGAACUUCAAAACCAGGCACGAGUUUCAAACCAGCCGUGAGCUCUCCGGUUCCAAAAUCCUAUAUGCAAGAACGGCUGGCAGCAGAGGACAGGUCUACUAUUGCAAGUACCGAUUUUGCAGCUGAAAGACGCAUCUCGGAGCCUGUGGCAGAAUCUAGUGCUCGUGGUGCCACCGGUUACGGAACCCUCGCAUCGGUCUUCCCCUCCUUCUCACUCUCUCGAUACGCCCAAGCCCGUCGCGAACGCGAACACAGUGUCGCCCUGCCACCGGGCGUGAACAAACCCCCUCAACUCAUCAAGGACUCCGGACCCCUCCAAAUAGAGCCCAAAGUCUGGCUAGCCAACGAACGGACAUAUCUCAAAUGGCAACAGAUCUGCUUCCUCCUCGGCGCAUUCGCCAUCGUCCUCUCCAACGCAUCCGGCAAUGACAAGAUUAGGAUGGCAAUGGGUAUUACCUACCUCGUUGUCGCGCUUUUCGCUGCUGGAUGGGGUUAUUAUAUUCAUCGCUCCAGAAGGGGGAUGAUCAUUGAGAGGAGCGGAAAGGAUUUUGAUAACGUGAUUGGGCCGAUCGUCGUUAGUUUCGCGCUGAUGAUCGCGUUGAUUGCGAAUUUUGCUUUUAGGUAUCGUGCUGCUGUUGAAUUGAGAAAUUGGAGUGGUGGGAACCAUUCAACCACAGCGAUAAGUGCAGAAAAGCCAUGGACCGGGAAGAUCGAAUUGCUGUAA